AAAAUCCAGCAAGGUUUUCCUUCUCAGAGAGGCCUCCACAGCAUCUGACCUCAGCCUCCUCUGUAUCCUACUCCAUUCCAGGACUAUGCCAAUCUGUGGCCAUGCUCCCACCAGCCAGUCACCUCCUGUCACUGUUGCUGGUGAUGGGCACAGGGGUUACCAUGCCCAGCCCCCCGGUACCUCCCCAGGGCUGCUACAUAGCAGAGGAAGCUGGUGAGCGGACCUUCCGCUGCAGCCAGGCAGGUCUGAGUGCCGUGCCCACUGGCAUCCCCAACGACACCCGCAAGCUCUACCUGGAUGCCAACCGACUGGCAUCGGUGCCAGCUGGUGCCUUCCAGCACCUGCUUGUUCUGGAGGAGCUGGAUCUGUCCCAUAAUGUCCUUGCCCACCUCUCAGGGGCUGCUUUCCAAGGCCUGGCGGGCACACUGCGGCACCUCGACCUCUCUGCCAACCAGCUGGCUUCAGUGCCUGUGGAGGCCUUCAUGGGGCUGCAGAUCCAAGUGAACCUGUCUGCCAACCCAUGGCGCUGUGACUGUGCCCUCCAGGAGGUUCUCAGACAGGUGAGGCUGGCACCGGGCACUGGGACAGGCAUCGUGUGUGGCCCAGGAGCCCCACCAGACCUCGUGGGGCAGGAGUUUCUGUCGCUGGCAGGGGAGGAAGAGCUGUGUGGGACUGGGCGGGGUGGUGCCCGGCGGAGCACAGACGUGGCCCUGCUGGUCACCAUGGGGGGCUGGCUGGCACUGGUGGUGGCUUAUCUGGUCCACUAUGUGUGGCAGAAUCGGGAUGAGACCCGACGCCCCCUCAAGAAGGCCCCUGAGGUGCCUAUGCGUUCGGAAGACUCCUCCACCGUCAGCACAAUGGUCUGA